AUGCAUAGACUAAUAAAACCCUUUAACAAAAUGAGUCCAAAUAUGUAUUCAGGGGCCAAGUCAAGGCUAAGUUUGACGAAUCUGCAUUUACGGCCCCGGCAACUUUCUACGGGUGAAAAAAGUUUACCGAUAAAUAGAAUCAGUAGUGUUGAUCAGGGUACCAAGUUUACCACAGAUUACAAGAAAUAUGCUACUACGAGCAAUGGCAAAAUAGUAUCUUAUUUCCAUGAUAUAAGCUUAGGCUUGGAUUCUGAAAGUUUCGAGGUCAACAUGGUUGUGGAAAUUCCAAGAUGGAGUAAUGGAAAGUUUGAGAUAAAUACCAGGUUAGAAGGCAACCCUAUAACACAAGACGUGAAAAAGGGAAAGGUAAGAUUUGUUAAAAAUUUAUUUCCAUUCCAUGGUUAUAUACACAAUUAUGGGGCCUUGCCUCAAACUUGGGAAGAUCCAACAGCAAAGAGUGAAGAAUUGAAUUUACGUGGUGAUAACGACCCUUUGGAUGUUUGCGAAAUAGGCUCUAGCAUAUAUGAGACUGGUGAAGUCAAGCGAGUAAAGAUCUUGGGAUCAUUGGCACUCAUUGACGAUGGUGAACUUGACUGGAAAGUAAUUGUUAUUCAAAUUGACGAUCCCUUGGCACCUCAUUUGAAUGAUAUUCACGAUGUCUAUGAAAAAUGCCCUGGCUUGUUGGAUGCUACCAGGAGAUGGUUCAAAGAUUAUAAGAUACCAGACGGAAAGCCUGAAAACAGCUUUGCAUUUGAUGGGAACUACAAAAAUAAACAUGAAACUUUGAAAGUUAUUUUGAAUUGCCACAAGAGCUGGCUCAAACUAAUAAACUCCAAUUCGAGUGACUUGCCUACUACUGCAAACACAACUUUACCGGGUUCCCCUGGCUUCUUGAAUGCUUUCGAUGUAAAUAAUCUUAUUGUAGAUCCCUUCAAAGGAUACGCAGCGAAGCCAGAUGAUAUCGAUAACAUCUAUUUUGUGAAUUAG